UGCCUCCGCCGCUGCCUCCGCCGCUCGCGCCAGCAUCUCAUUCAGACGGGAUACGGCUGCGCGCCUCUCCGCCAGACGUUUUCGCUCUUGAAACCCGAAGCCCGGCUGCUGUCAGGAGCCUUUAUGUCUCACUUUAGUCGCUCCGUCCGUCGCGGUUCGUUUGGGAAAUGCCUGCAGGAGCGCGUCCUCGCCGUGUGGACGCCGUGCGCUCCGUGCUGUGGCUCAUAGUCGGUCUCCAGUGCGUUUGUGCGUCUGAAGGAAAUAAGCAGAGCAUCUUUGAUCACAUUGAGAGUUAUGAGAUCACUUAUCCCACAUGGCAGCAUCCUUUCAGACUCAGGAGGUCUGCCAGCAACGAGCAUCCUGCAGAGAUUCAGGUUCUGGUCACGGCUGAGGGUCAUAAUCUCACCUUACACCUGAAGAAAAAUGAGCAGCUGUUGGCCCCUGGAUAUCAGGAGAUAUGGUACGGACCUGAUGGAGCGCGAAAGUCUUCUUUUCUUGCCAACACUAGCCAUUGUUUAUAUCACGGUGACGUUUUGGGCAUUGAGGAGUCCAAUGUUGCCGUUAGCACUUGUUCAGGACUCAGGGGAAUGAUUUCCAUCAACACAAGCCUCAGCUACCUCAUAGAGCCUCUUCACGACUCCACGGAUGCUCAGGCGCACGCCAUCUUCCGAGCCAAGAGUGUCCGCCUGCCCAGAGGAAGCUGCAUGCACCUCCAUCGCACUAACGAACACAGAGACGCGCUCAGUGACUUCAUCUAUGGAAUGACAUCACCAUGGAGGAGGAGGAGGAGGAGGGAAAAAAGGGAAGUGAGCCAGAAUAUGAAGUAUGUGGAGCUUCUGCUUGUCGCUGACAAAGCUGAGUUUCAGAAACAUGACUAUAAUCUAGAAAAGACCAAAUUGAAGUUACUGGAAGCGGCCAACUUGGUUGACAAGUUCUACAAAUCUCUGAACAUCCGGGUGGCAUUAAUCGGCCUGGAAAUAUGGACGACCCAGGAUAAGAUCAAUGUGUCCGACAACCCUCACAGCACUUUAGCAGCUUUUUUGUCCUGGAGACGAAAGCAGCUUCAAACUCUCCCCAAUGACAACGCUCAGCUUAUCACGGGAAAGUCAUUUCAGGGAACCACCAUCGGGCUUUCACCUCUUAAAGUCAUGUGUUCUGACUACGAGUCUGGAGGAGUCAACACGGAUCACUCAGAUUUAGCAGUUGGUGUCGCCGCCACCAUGGCUCACGAAAUGGGCCACAACUUUGGCAUGACUCACGACAUGAAGGGCUGCUGCCAGGCCAAAGCUGAGGACGGAGGCUGCAUCAUGGCGCCCGCCACUGGGCAUCCGUUUCCACGCGUUUUUAACGGCUGUAACCUGAGAGAGCUGAGGAGCUUUCUCAGCUCCGGAGGAGGGAAGUGUCUCUAUAACUUGCCGAACACGAAAGCAAUGUACGGAGGCCAGCGGUGUGGCAACGGCUACCUGGAGGAAGGAGAGGAAUGCGACUGCGGGGAGGAAGAAGAAUGUAACAGUCCCUGCUGUAACGCCAACAACUGCACUCUGAGAGCUGGAGCCGAGUGCGCCCACGGAGUCUGCUGUCAUAACUGUAAGAAUAGUUUCUGUUUGUGUGUGAAGUUGAAGAGUCCUGGCGUUCUGUGUCGAGCGUCCUCUGGUUCCUGUGAUCUGCCAGAGUUCUGUGAUGGAAAGACAGAGUCUUGUCCCGCCGACUUUUACCUGAUGGACGGUACAUCGUGUGCACACGGCAGGGCGUAUUGUUACACGGGCAUGUGCCUAACGCUCGAUCUGCAGUGUCAGUCCCUCUGGGGUCGAGAUGGCCGUCCAGCUCCAGACAAGUGUUUCACAGAAGUUAAUAAAGCCGGUGACAUGUAUGGGAACUGUGGCAAAGAUCUGUUUGGGAAAUAUAGAAGCUGCACUGACAGGGAUGCAAAAUGUGGCAAAAUCCAGUGUUCAACUUCAGCUAGCAAGCCCAAAGGGAACAACGCUGUGAUCAUUGAAACCUCAGUCAGCGACGGCAGAAAGAAGAUCCAAUGUAAAGGAACCCAUGUGUACAAGCUCUCCCACGGAGACGAGGAGCCACAGAGUGACACUCUGGACCCGGGCCUGGUCAUGACAGGGACCAAGUGUGGAGACAACUCGGUUAGCUCUAACAAAUGUUUCAAAGACUAUAAUAUUUCACUAUUUUCUUACAUGUCUUCAUUUUUUUUUUUUUACAGAUUUGUUUCCACGGAGAGUGUCGCAAUAAUUCCUUCCUUAAAGCUGAUGAGUGUAACUCAAAGUGCCACGGGCAUGGGCUGUGCAACAACAACCAUAACUGCCACUGCGACGCUGGCUGGGCUCCACCUCACUGUGACCAGAAGGGGACAGGAGGGAGUGUGGACAGCGGUCCUGUCAUCAGCCAAAGUGAGACACAUAUAUACUACUGCACAUGUGAUGACAUCGUCAUUCAUGUUUCUGACUUUUUUGUCAUUGUGUGUGUUCUUAGGUCCCCUCCUGGUAUAUAUUCUGCCUUUUCUCCUGGCUCUUUUGGUGUUUUUGGCGUUUCUUGCACUUUGGUGCAUCAGGAGACAUAAGCUCCUCCCACAUAAAGUCCCCGCACCAACUCCUGCACUGUCAUGUGCAGUCACAGUGGAAGACAAACCUGUGCGCGCCGUCAACCCGACUUUCUUACAAAAGCAGCAGGAUUCGCCAAGUCCGUCUGGUCCAUCCCGGCACAGAAAUGCCAUCGUGCGUCCAGCAGUGAAGCCUCCUCCCGUACCUGCAUAUGCUGUCAAGCAGAAAGAGCAGACCUCACAUCCUCACGCUGAGCCGGCUGCUGGUUCUUCAAGUCAAAGUUCUCCUCAGGGUUACACCUCAUCUGCUUGUAAACCACCCCCACUUCUACCAGGACCUACAUGUUUACUGCCCCAGAUCCCCAAAAACCAGCCCUCCUCAGGAACAAAAAAACUCAGGCCGGACCCACCAAGAAGACCUCCCCCACCUUGUCCCGCGAUCAAAGGGGACCAACAAGAAGUAAAAGGCCUGCAGGAAACUCUGCAUAGGGGAAAAGCCACUCUGGCUCCCUCUGCUGGACAGAAAAAAACAUGCAGAACAUAAAGUUAAACUUUCAGGAGAAAUUGGGGUCAGCCUCUUACAUCCAGCAAUGGACUGCCUCGAGCUGCAUAUUUAAAAGGCUGCAGCACUGUGCUAAAAAAAGAAGAAACAACACAUACUUGACUGUAUAUACACUGAUGUGGAUUGAAGAAUUAGAGAGAAAUUGAUGCAUUUACAAAAAGUUGAUGAAAUUGUCACAGUUUGUUGAGUUUGAUGGAAGGCUUCUUGUUCGAAAGAGGAUUUUUAUCUGCUGUGAAUCGAGAGUCACGUUAUAUUGGCGUCCCAGCUGGAAAUGUGAAGCUUUCAAGUGAAUCAUAAAAUAAACAAAAAUAUUGUUUACAAAGCAGCCUGUGUACGACGCAUGGUGCCUCUUCGAGAAGCAUCAGCUAAAAAAAAGUGUCUUAUAUUAAGAAAAUAUGGAAAUAAUAUCAUUAUUAUGCCUAUGAUGUAUGAAAAAUGAUGAAAUAAUAGCGGCUUUGAACUGGACCAAUGGAAACCAGUGAUUGUCAUUCAUGCAUGCUGCAAAUCCAAUAUGCUUAUAUGUAAGAGAUCCAUGUCUUAUAUGUUGCAGAAUGUGAAAAACUUUUAUAUGAUGUUUUUUUUAUUAUGAUUUACGUCUGUCUUUUGAUUAAAUGUGCACUGCUUGAAGACAUUUUUAUGGGUACUAACUUUUACCAGCUGUCACCUUUCUACCUACAUAAUGAAAGUGCUUAAAUAGUGUUUAAAGCCUAGAUACUUUUUUUUUAUUUCAGUUUUAGAUUAGACUGUCAGUACUUUGUCAACAGUUGUACUGUAUUUGCGCAGAAAUAAAAUCUGCUUGAUCGAAAAUGCUGUAAAAGCUUUCUUGUAGCUGAGAAAAUGUUGAUGCCAGGCUGUUUUCACAGCAUCGUCCGAUGACUUUGAUCUUUUUGGCCUGUAAUGUGAAAAUACAGUCUUAACUGCCAUGUUUUAUUUUGUAUGACCUAUGCAAACUAAAGGGAAUGUUCAACCA